UAGUCGCUAAUUGGGAUGGCGAUGAUUUGCGCGCCUUUUUUGGCUCUGCUGCUGAUGCUUCUGCUGCUCGGAUUGGGCCAGAGCUUUGCUGCAGAACCGCUUACCGUUGAUAACAACUAUCGCAACAUGUUGGUGCGAUUGGCUAGCAAUCGGCCUGGUGGCGCCAGUCCACGGUUACGCGAGGGACGUGUCGAGGUAAGCUUCGAUUUUGGACGCACUUGGGGCACCAUUUGCAGUACAACAUGGAGCAUGCGGGAGGCCAAUGUGGUCUGCCGGCAGCUGGGAUUGGGUUAUGCCUCAAAAGCCAGUCAGGGCACAGAGCAUGGCAGCCGUAGAAAGACUCCUUGGGCCAUGGUGGGCACCAUGUGUCGCGGCACGGAGCGUCGUUUAGCGGACUGUUUCCGGGAGCGCCGCUAUCCGGCUGCAUGCAACGCCACUAAUCAAAAUGUCACCAUUGUGGCGUGCGUAGAUCGUGCUCCAGAUCUGGAGAUUGGUUUGGUGGACAUUGAGCGGAGCGCGCGCCUCCAGUCGCUGCCCAUGACAUCGCUCACCUGUGCCAUGGAGGAGAACUGUUUGUCUGCCGAUGCGUACGUCAUAAGACGCACCAAUCCGAGAGCUGAGCGCAAAUUGUUGCGCUUCUCCGUCAAGGCCACCAAUGUGGGCACUGCGGAGCUGAGUCCGUAUGCCAACUACAGAGACUGGACGUGGCAUCAAUGCCACAAUCACUACCACAGCAUGAACGUAUUUGCCACAUUCGAUGUCUACAAUCAGCGGUACGAGAAGGUGGCACAGGGUCACAAGGCUUCCUUCUGCCUCAUGGACUCAGAGUGCCGGUCCGGCAUAACGCCGCGUCAUACUUGUGGCAACUUCUCACAAGGCAUCUCCGUUGGCUGCUCUGAUGUCUACUCUCACGUGUUGGACUGUCAGUGGGUAGAUGUGACCAAUCUGCCCGUAAAUCGAAGCUAUAUACUACGAGUGGCGCUCAAUCCUGAGUACAUGAUUGGAGAAAUGACAUAUGAGAACAAUGGCGCCGAAUGCGUCCUGGACUACACUGGAGUGAGCCGCACAACAAAAAUUUCCAACUGCAAACGCUCGCCGUUGUGGUUUAAAUUGUAAUAAAAAAUGCAAAUAAUAAUAAAACAUUAUUUGAAAACUCA